AUGAGCGAAAUAAAUACUACUAUCUCCAAGAAUGUUUAUAACAAUAUUUCGUUAUGUAAUUCAAGCAUUCAACAAAGACAUCGAACGACUCCAACACAAUUACAAUUUCUUGAAUCAUAUUUUCAAAAUAUUGAUGAUUUUCCUGAUUCAAAUAUGAGAAAGAAAAUCGCUCAGAAAUUAAAUAUGCCAAGCAAAAGUGUUCAUAUUUGUUUACCAUUAUUAUCGGAAACACUUGAUAACGUGUCAGCAUGUCAACAUCAUCAGCAACAACAUUACUUGACAAAUUUUGCAUCAUUAAAACUUCCUCCGUUAAGAAAUUUCGCGGAUAAAAGUUAUGCAAGAAGACAUAAAUCGUCCAAAGACAUUACACUUCCACCGUUACAUUUAGCAGUUCCACAAAUUUUACUUGGUAGUCGUAAGGUUGUUAAAUAUCAUAUGAAUAAUUAUGGUUGUAAAACACCAACUCAAUCCAUCCAUUACACCUAUAACAUUCAUUCGAAUCAAUUCUCUCAACCUCCUCUUGCUCAAUCAAAGCAACAAGAAAGAAAUCAAUCUAAUGUAGUUAAUGAUGAUUCCGAACCAACGGUUACUGCCAAAAACGUGUCAAAAUUAUCUUAUUGCCCUAUAUUUACUACCACAAAUACCUCUUCUAUUUUGACCUCAUUCAACCUUUCUCCUGGCGCGUUACGAUGUGGUUUAUAUCACGUGCAUCAUCAUCCUUGA